GUGCGAACCUCGAGAACCAGUCGAGAUAUCAAUUUCAAAGGGAGCCCAGCAUCACUAACCAACGAUAUCUGCUGUGUACACAUCGAUAACAUCGAUGUAAACAUCUAGCACAGCAGCCAGACAGCUAUCGACAGCAUCGAUACGCGCGAGACGGCGGCAGAAGUCGUUUUGACAGCAGUUCUCCAAUGCGCUUUUGACCGUCCCGAGCUGUUUGCCGGUCGCUGGAGCUAGCCGCAGCCAGUCAUGGACUACAGUUACUACGACGAGGGAUAUGACAUCGACUACACAGAGUUUGGGGAGGACGCUGGCGACGAUAUCGACUACGGAUUUUAUUCUGGCCACAAACAGGAUAACUUAUACAGUGAUGCAAAGCCGGAGGCGAGGGACUUCCUGGUGAUGGAUCGACUGUUGCAGAACAUAGAGGCUUGCGUGCAGCCUUCGCUGCUGCAAGUAGCGAAGUACGUGACACCCAUGCUGGGCUUGUGUCUGGUCGGACGCCUGCUGUGCCUGCUUUAUGCCAGGAAGCGCCGCUUGCCGCCAGCCGGAGUAUCGCAACGCGAUGCGAACAGUAUCAUCGUGGCUCCGUUGCACCUGAUCCACGCCACAACCGGUCUGAUCCUGCUAUACGCCACGCUUGGGCAGCGCUUGGGCGAGCGCGUGGGUCUGCUGCUGAUCCUGAGCGCCCUUGGCUACCUUAUGCUGCAGCUGGUGCGUGUGUAUAGCGGGAGGAGAGCGGCCACCAGCAUAGCCGUGCUCACCGUUGGCAGCCAGUUCCUGUACGAACUGGCCAUAUGGAGGCAGCGCAGUGACUGGCCCCAGCUGCGGGGCGUUCAGAUGGUGGUCAACAUGAAGCUGAUCUCGCUGGGCUUCGACCUGGCCAGCGGACAGGUGCCUCGAAUGCCAGGACCCCUAGCCUACCUUGGAUACAUUUACAGCCCCGCGACCUGUGCCCUCGGCCCCUGGAUCAGCUAUGGCCGUUACGUGGAGUGCCUUGUAGCACGAGGCAAGUGGCUGACGACGCUGCGCCAGCUGGUGCUCAACAUGCUCCUCUGCCUGCUGGCGGUGGCCGUCUCCAACUGCCUGGCCCACGCCCUGGGCGAGAUUGCCAGCGGCUCGCACUUACUCCUGAUGUACACGGAGGCGCUGGGCGUCCGGAGCAGCCACUACUUCGUAAGCUUUAUGGCCCAGGCUCUGCUGGUCAGCUCGGGGCAGACCCUGGACGGAGAAUCUAAGGAUUCCAAGGAGCUGGACGAGAGAAUACUGGGGCCACUGGUGGCGCGGCCCUGGCAGAUCGAGUGGCCCCGCUCGUUGAGCGUCCUUGUGCGCAGCUGGAAUAUCCCUAUGCACGAGUGGCUCAAGCACUACAUCUACGGAGGGUUCAAGGAGCACAACCUGGGCCACACAUUCUGGGCAGUCCUCUGCACGUAUGUGGUAUCCAGUCUGCUGCACGGUAUGGAUCUGCGCAUCUACAUGGUGCUGCUCUUUCUGGCCAUCUUCGCCGAGAGCGAGCGACUGCUCCGCCGCCACCUGGCCAAACUCUUCGAUGCCUGUCUGGCUGCCGGUCAGUGCAAGGGCCCCGACCAUUGCUGCUUCUCCCGCUGCCCGCGACGUCGUGGCUGGACCAACAGCUGGGGCUGGCUGGUGAGGCUCACCAAUCUGAUCUUCACCCUGGUCGCCAUGUUCCACCUGGCCUAUCUGGGCAUCGUGCUGCUCAACGAAACCCUCAAUCUGGAGGGCAGUCCCGCCGGCGAGCUGGAGUCCUUCGUGUGGCAUUGGUCGGAGGCGGGCUACCUCAGCCACUACGUCGGUUUCGGCAUGUUCCUUCUUUACCUGUUCAUCUCCUAGGCUGUGGGAUCAGAGCUCCUCCAAAACCCAGAAACGUUUAAGGACUGAUCUACACGUAUUUGAAUUCUGAAUUCGCCAUUCGAAUCUAACCGUACUUUUGUAUGUUUAUCUGUACAUCGUAUUUGUAUCUUGUAGCUACUGUGUGUACUAUAUAUUGUGUGUGAGUACUUAAAAUUAUAAUUAAAUCUGUGAAACGGA